AUGAUUGGUAUCAAUGGCGGCCUCACCAUGCUCUUCCACAGGCGCGGGGAUCGACUCAAGAUACCGAGAUACCAGAAUACCUUCCGCCUACUGCCGUUUAAAGCCUUUCACGCGUUGACGGUCGACAAGAUCGUUCGCGGCGUGAUGGAAAGGAAAUUAUCGGCGAUUACGUCCUACGAGCCGGAUCAGGCGUCAAAAUUGUGUUUGGAGAUUGCCGCGGAUGUGCUGAAGACCGUCGUGAAGAAGGAUUACGACAGAUGCAAGCUGGCGGUGCAGGUGAGCAUCGUUCAACGCUGCCGGCAAAGUAUCUGCGCGGCCUUCCAGUGUCUCUGGGACGUGGAGCGCGAUAAUUACUCCUGUCACGUAUUGGAGAGCGAUCACGUGCACGCGUGGUGCUGCGUGUUCGGUAUAUAUUACGACUAA